GUGCCCGAUAGGUCAAGGUCAUUAAGUCGGCAGUCGUCUGAGGGCCUGUACCUGCGGAGGAUCUCGGCACAUGCUCAGGAUUAACAGUCAAACAUGGCAGCUUCAAGGGCAGCGAAUGGUUCUAUGUUCUGGGAACAUCUGAAGCAGGCUGCCAUUGUUCUGAAUGGUGGUGUUAUCACAUUUUUUGGCAUCAAUCUCUAUCGUGGUGAUGAGAAGGUUUACUCUGAGAUGUUUAUGCCCAUGGUGCACUGGCUGAAUCCAGAGACAGCACAUAAGCUAUCUGUAGCAGCAGCAAAAUACAAGCUUGUGCCACGACCUAGAGUUGCAGACCCUCUAUCUUUGAAAACAGAAGUAUGGGGGCGGACAUUCAACAACCCAGUUGGACUGGCAGCUGGAUUUGACAAGCAUGGUGAAGCAGUGGAUGGCUUGUUAAAAGCAGGCUUUGGAUUUGUGGAAAUAGGUAGUGUUACACCUGUUCCCCAGCCUGGAAAUGAAAAACCUCGUGUUUUCCGUCUCACGGAGGACAGAGCAGUAAUAAACAGGUAUGGUUUUAACAGUGAGGGCCACGAUGCUGUAUUCAAACGACUGCGUCACAGAGAAGCAGAGCCAGUUGUUUCAGAUGCUGCCUUACAGCACAUGUCACAGGACAGAAAUAUGCUGAAUAUCAACUUCUGGACUGAUACCUCAGAGUAUGUACAACAAGAUCAGCAGAGGCGUGGUAAACCUCGCUCGCAGAAGACAGAAAGGGGGCUGAUGGGUGUCAACCUUGGCAAAAACAAGCUGUCUGGCCACCCUGUGUCAGACUAUGUGACUGGAGUGCGAAUUUUUGGCAAGGUUGCUGAUUACCUGGUGAUAAAUGUGAGUUCACCAAACACACCUGGUCUGCGUGAUCUGCAGGGAAAGAAAGAGUUAGAGGAACUGCUAGAUCAGGUAGUAGCUGAGCGAGACAGACUGAGGGUUUCACCAAAGCCCCCUUUGCUGCUGAAAAUUGCCCCUGAUUUGUCAGACAAAGACAAGGAAGAUAUAGCUGCUGUAGUAACAAGACCACAGGGAGGUGUUGACGGCUUGAUAGUAACAAACACCACCGUGCAGCGUCCAUCAACAUUAAAGAGCAAGCACAAAGGGGAAGCAGGUGGUUUGAGUGGAGAGCCACUCAAGGAUAUGUCUACAAGUGUUGUCCGAGAUAUGUACAGACUAACGAAAGGCAAAGUUCCGAUCAUUGGCACAGGUGGCAUCAGCAGUGGAAAGGAUGCUUAUGAAAAGAUCAAAGCAGGUGCAUCAUUAAUUCAGGUGUACACAGCUUUGGUUUAUCAUGGUCCACCUGUUGUUGCAAAAAUCAAGCGAGAACUGGAUCAGUUACUUAGGGAGGAUGGCUACAACAGUGUAACCGAGGCCGUUGGAGCAGAUUUUAAGCAAAAGAAAUAGUGACUCAUUGGACAUGGUUUCUGCAUUCAUUGCAAAUAUCUCUAUUUGAGACCCAAGACACUAAUCCAAUGCUCCUGCAGGUUUUGGAGCUUUUCCACACUAGCCACUCUCGUGGUUUCCCUGCGUGUGAAGGAUUUGUGCUUUAUUCUGUGCCAGUGAAUAGAGUGUAGAGGAGAUGCAACUGACAAGAUGGUGGUGCACAGUGUUGGUGUUGAAGCAUGCUCACCAGGAAGGACUGCGUCUGUAGUUGAGCAGUAAAUAUUCACUAGCAAGAUACUUUGUUAUACAAACCAUACCCUGAACAAUAGUUGUUAAAAAAACAAACUGUCAGUUUAAAACUGUGAAAGUGUCACGGACCAGUCAGUGCUUCCCAUGUUUUUCAGACUAUUUAACCCUUUUGUGACUCACGGACUAAAAAGUGUAUGUGGAAUGUAUGGUUGAAUGGAUGAAAACAGUUUUGGUGGGAACGAGUUGUGGAAAUUUACUCAGACCUGGGAUAGCAAGAGAAGACAAUGUGCCGGAGUCACGAGUUGUAAAUCUCCCGAGCUUAGAUUUUGUUUUCAGUAGAAGGGUAGUGUCAAUCCACGCUGGAUGCGGCGCUGUACUGACACGUUUUGGGAUUAACUUCGCCUAGGCAAGGUACGAUAUCUUUUUCUGUUAUUGCUUAUGGAAUUGUAUUAGAACUUAUGUUUCAAAGUUGUAAACAAGAAUAUGAGAGAAAGAUGUGUGAAUUGGAGAAGUGUUUAGAAUUGUAGCAUAGUGUAACCUCGAGUUACAGGUUUUAAUCGUAUGGGCUGAUUUAACUGGAGCCUUCUGGAUAAAGAAGAAUCACCUUCCAGGACCAUUCCGUGAUCAACGUGAUUUUGGUUCAGCACCCAGCAGCACCUGGGCUCUACGAGCACCGUUAGCCCCAUGACGUCACCGCGGAGUACCUCCCCUGUGACCUCGGAAAUCGCCUUACGACACGGACAGUGUCUACAGCCUUCGCAUGUGUGCGUGUAUUUGUGUUAUUGGAUUCUAGCUGGCUGGACAUGUGGAGAGCGACAACCCUAAGAGGGAGGAUGAACUGUGAGCAACAUACUCAACGAUUGCUAGAUCAGUCGUAACAUAGAAAACAGAAGUGGAACCUCGUUGCUAUAGAAGACAGUGGGAGGAGUAUAAUCUUUAUACUUUUUGAGAUAUUUGACCAAAUGGAAACUGAUCAAGUGUCCCCACAUGUAAACAUUGUGCUUAGCGUUCUUCAUCGCCUUUAAAUCGAGGUGUUGAGGUGAGUUGUUAUCUAUGCAUAUUUGUGUUGUAGUCUGUCAACGAAAUGAACAUGAUUUGGGCAGCCUUAGGCAAUCGUUUUGUUGUGUGAAUGCGCAUUUGUCUGGUGCGAGUGUGUUGUUAAGCCACCUGUGCCAUCACAAAAUAAAGAUAUGUCUUUGAACUUA